CUCGUAAUUAUUUCCUCUUCUCCCUCCUUUGCUUUCCUCUUUUACGUCUGACGUUUUGGGACUUGCUUCUCCCUUUCUUUCCUCUUUGUAGUCUAUUCCUGCACUUCAUCUGCAUUUUAAGAAUACCCGACGCGACGCACACAGGUCUACCCAACCUCCAACAUACCAACAAGCUGGAGGUUUCAUCAACGCACAAACAGGCAGGAGGAAGCAAGUAGGAGUAAUUGUCCGUCAUGUCGAAGAACGAAAAGAAACGAGUUGGGUUCGCAACCCAUAUCACGGCGGGUGGUAUUGCAGGUGCUAUGGAGGCGCUUGUAUGCCAGCCUCUUGAUACCAUAAAGGUCCGAAUGCAACUGUCGAAAUCUGGGCUUACACCUGGGACGAAACCACGAGGAUUCCUCGCAACCGGUGCACAAAUUGUACAACGCGAAACGCCCCUUGCACUCUACAAAGGUCUCGGUGCCGUCCUCUCUGGAAUCGUCCCCAAAAUGUCUAUUCGUUUCGCCUCCUUUGAAGCAUACAAACGUUGGCUCGCCGAUCCUACCACAGGGAAGACUCCCACUUCAUCCAUCUUCCUCGCCGGUCUCGGCGCCGGCACAACAGAAGCCGUCGCAGUCGUCUGUCCCAUGGAAGUCGUCAAAAUCCGUCUGCAGGCUCAAUCCCACUCCCUCGCUGACCCGCUCGAAAUACCACGAUACAGAAACGCGGGACACGCGGUGUAUACAAUCGUGCGGGAGGAAGGAAUAAGGACGUUGUAUCGCGGAGUUACGUUAACCGCUUUACGACAAGCAACGAACCAAGCAUCCAACUUCACAGCCUACCAAGAACUCAAAAAACUCGCACAUUCAUACCAACCCACGCUCACCGAGCUUCCAUCCUAUCAAACCAUGUUUAUCGGUCUCAUCUCCGGUGCGAUGGGACCCUUUUCCAACGCACCCAUUGAUACUAUCAAGACGAGACUGCAGAAAGCGAGUUACCCGCCUGGAACAAGUGCGGCGAGUAAGAUUAUGCAGAUUGCUGGGGAGAUGUGGAGGAGGGAAGGUGCGAGGGCGUUUUAUAAGGGGAUUACGCCGAGAGUGUUGAGGGUUGCGCCUGGACAGGCGGUUGUGUUCCCUGUUUAUGAGAAAGUGAGGAUGGUGAUUGAGAAGAUGCAGACGGGUGAUAUGGGAGAUACGUAUUCGGAGUGACUGUGUGCGGGUGGGGGGCGAUUGUAAUAGGAGGGGUUUGCUUGAUAGAUAGACUGUUAUUUUCCAUUUUGGACGCGUGCAUUUAUAGCAUUUAUUUUGUACGGAUAUGUUCCUUUUGAUAAUCCGAUCUUCCACGUUCCUCGCCGACGGUAUAUUUAUAGCUUCUACUGUCAUUUCAUUAUCAAUUUAUCACUGUCUAGCAC